AUGUUCGGAGUUCUGAACCGCUUUAUCGGCCAUCUGGACGGCGAACCCGCCCAGCAGGCUCGGGCCACCAACGAUAAUGCAUUUGGCUUCCAAGUACUCCGCAACAAGGACCCGGAACUGCCCCUGGAGCCGUGGUUUGACUUUAUUGUUGGCAUUAAUGGGCGUCUGAUUGACUAUCCAGACCCGAAUCUCUUCGCUACGGAAGUUCGUAACUGCGCCGGCUCCAGUGUGACAUUUGAAGUUUGGAGUGCAAAGGGCCAGAAGACACACACCGUUUCUAUUCCAAUUCCCCCAUCCAACCCCACGUUGGGCCUCGCAUUGCAGCUUGCGCCUCUUUCCUCGACACAACAUAUCUGGCAUGUCCUGAACAUCCCGUCACCGCUCAGUCCGGCAUACCGGGCAGGGUUGCUUCCACACUCAGACUACAUCAUCGGAACGCCCAGUGGAACAUUACGGGGAGAAUCCGCACUGGGAGAAUUAGUGGAGGACCACCUGGACCGGACACUGGUGUUGUGGGUGUACAACAGCGAAUUCGACGUAGUACGCGAGGUCGAGUUGGUGCCCACCCGAGGCUGGGGUGGUGAGGGCGCAUUAGGGGCCGAGCUAGGGUACGGUGCGUUGCACAGACUACCGGUUGGAUUGGGCGAGGAGGUAGAAGGCCCUGGCGAGGUAGUAUUUGAAACGCGCGCCGAUGGCACCUCCACACCUGUCCUGGAUCAGAUGAAUCCUACCUACAGCCAGGGUGUCGGACCUGGUGCAACCGCUGGCGGUCAUUUUCUGGUCCCAGCCAAUAUGACAGCGCCGCCUCCCUUGGCAUCACAGGCGCCACGAAGUCUUUCUGGGUCACCAGCACCUGGUCCGUCACCCGCUGCGCGCCGCGGCAAGACUCGUCAAUACGCCGUUUCGCCUAACCGGGCGUUUGAUGAGUAUUUUGCCGAGGGGGAACAGAAGAGUAAAGAGCAGGAUUUCGCUCCGUCACGGAAGGGAACGCCGCUGCCUCCUCCGCCGAAAGGAGUUCGGUCACCGCCACCGUCAGGAAGUCCCGCGCCGGCGACAGAGUAG